GCUCCGGCCCGCCCCGGGACCCGCUCGCCGCUUGGGAAGAUGCGGCUGCUCCCGGAAUGGAUUCUCUUGCUCUUUGGCCCGUGGCUCCUGAAGAAGGCGGUCAGCACCCAGAUACCGGAGUCCGGGAGGCCUCAGUACGUGGAACUGCGCCAGGCUGCAGCCGGAGGGGGCGCCCCUGCCCAACGGCUCCCGGCGCCGAAGUCUUCCGACAGCCUGGGCACCGCCCGCGCCUGGAGCUGGGCCUGGCCGGCUAACCACACCGGGGCACUGGCCCGGGUGGGAGCUGCGGGGGCGCUACCCGCGCAGCGCACCAAGAGAAAGCCGUCUAUCAAAGCGGCCCGCGCCAAAAAGAUAUUCGGCUGGGGGGACUUCUACUUCCGAGUGCAUACCCUCAAGUUCUCGCUGCUGGUGACCGGCAAGAUCGUGGACCACGUGAAUGGGACUUUCAGCGUGUACUUCCGCCACAAUUCGUCCAGCUUGGGCAACCUCAGUGUCAGUAUCGUGCCGCCGUCCAAGCGCGUAGAGUUCGGGGGCGUCUGGCUGCCGGGCCCCGCCCCCCAUCCUCUACAGUCUACGCUGGCUUUGGAGGGGGUCCUCCCUGGGUUGGGGCCCUCUCUGGGGUUAGCUGCCGCAGGGGCGGGGCUGGGAGGCACCCUAGGGGGCGCUCUGGCGGGCCCACUCGGGGGAGCGCUGGGAGUGCCCGGGGCCAAAGAGUCACGCGCUUUCAAUUGCCACGUGGAGUAUGAGAAGACAAACCGCGCGCGCAAGCACCGCCCAUGCCUGUACGACCCAUCGCAGGUGUGCUUCACCGAGCACACGCAGAGUCAGGCCGCCUGGCUCUGUGCCAAACCCUUCAAAGUCAUCUGCAUCUUCGUUUCCUUCCUCAGUUUUGACUACAAACUGGUGCAGAAGGUGUGCCCAGACUAUAACUUCCAGAGCGAGCACCCCUACUUUGGAUAGUGCACCCCGCCCUCGCCCCAGCCCUGAGCUUCCCGCCAAAUCUCGGCCUCCCCACGUGACUCCUCCCAGUGCCCCAAACUCCUGUGGCCGCGUCCACCUUUCCAAUAUGGGGGCAGAGAGGAAAAGCCCUCCUGAGGACUAUCAGCUGGCGUGGGUCCCCUUUUCCUUAUGGGGAGUGCCUUUGAGGCCCCCUCAGCUACACCCCAAAGUGGAGGAACAAGAGCGCAACCCCAGAAUAGGCGAUCCCCGCGUCCCCUACGUCCACGUUGGGUCCCUUAUACGCCCCUGGCGCUGGGCUGGACACUCCCUUUGCUCAUAGCUUGAAUAACGCCUGGCCUGGCACCCUUAUCCUACCCUUUCUUACCCCCAGGUCUAGUUCUCCCGCUCCACCCUGUACUCUCGUAAAGAUUGUCAAGACUUGUAAACUGCGGCCUAUCCCCAUUCCCUUCUGCCUGCCGUAUGCCUGUUUCUCUUUCUUUAAUACCCCCAAUUAAGGUACUGGAAGCAGACUCCUGGGCAUAGGCGAUGACUGGGGCCCCUGC